AUGACUGGCAUCAACAGCAAGACUUCUCAGGUUCGCCCUCGCAUCUCAGCGAGAAAUGCCAAAUUUGCAACCGUUCUCGUCGGCUCGCAACAUGUCAAGUUCACCGUUCACCAAGAUCUACUCGCAUUCCACUCGCCAUUCUUUCGCGCAGCUCUUAUUGGCAACUUCCAAGAAGCCCAGAACAAGUCUGUAACUCUGGAGGAAGAGGAUCCACAGACCUUCGAGUUCUUUGUGCACUGGCUCUAUUACAAGCGCCUUCCCAAUGAGGCCGAUGCUCCUGUCGAGCUCCUAUCGAUCUGGGCUGGCGAAGACGAUCGCGGCGGAUUGGAGACCGGCAACCUCAUCCGAGUGUACAUCUUUUCUGAAAAAUACGACAUUGCUGCGCUGAAAACCUGCGCUCUGGACGAUCUGUACAACCACAUGACGAAUCCCUGCGUUGGUCUUGCGAGCAGCUCCCAGAUCGGGUAUGCCAUCGACAACCUUCCGAGCAAUUCGCCCAUGUGCAGAUACCUGGUCGACGAGCAUUGCCAUUUCGCAACCGCUGGCGUUUGGGAGGAUCUUGCUGCAUUGAACUAUCCGUCCAUCUUUUUGGAAAGGGUCUUGUGUCGUUAUACCGAGUACGCUCACGGAGGUCUUGAGUGGGACAACAGCAUGCCCCUGUGCGAGUAUCACGAGCACAAGGACAUGGCAGAGCGACGGUCCUGUGAAGCGAAACGCGAAGGAUAAGAGUUCCAUUGCGUCGAAAAAGAGCACCUAUGAGUGGCUCUGCAAUGGAAGCCGCCAGUCGUUGGCAGGACCUUUCAGCAUUCCAUCUCCUCGCAAUCUGUGGUCAUUUUCGAGUACUUGUACCCGGUACCAGUAUUUACCUUUCAUGAGUCUUACGCUGUGCCACUUAGAUCCGCCUCAGGCUUUUCAGUUCCUUGAGUGCCAUUUGACGUGUCGCCUUUGAUGUUUAGCCA